AACUUUACUUGAGGAUGUAACAAAACGACAAUUGUUCUUUAAAUCCUUAAAAAUUCAAUGGAUUUUUAACAAUGAUGAGAAAUGUGUUUAUUUUAAGAUGACGAUUCUGAUAAUUCAAUCUAGUUCUAUUGGUGCAAUAUAUGCAAUAUGA